UAUGGCCGGGGACAACUACAAGGCCCAGAAGGCAGCGCGCGGCCCAAGGCGGAGCGGACGGCAGUGGGUGUGUGAACGCACCCGGCGGGGAGGUGCGGAUGCCGGGCGCUUGGAUGCGGUUGCGGGCUCCAGAGCUCGGGAGCUGUCCUGGUGCACGGUAGCCUCGCGCUGAGCGCGGCCAGGCGGCGACCGUCAGGCGCGCCAUGCAGCGGGCGGCGGUGCUGGUCAGGCGGGGCUCCUACCCCCGUGCGGCCGGCUCCUGGGGCCGUAGUCAAAGUAGCGCAGCCGCCGAGGCCUCACCGGCACUCAAGGUGCGUCCGGAGCGCGGCCCUCGCGACCGCAUCCUCACCCUGGAGUCCAUGAACCCGCAGGUGAAGGCGGUGGAGUACGCUGUGCGCGGACCCAUCGUGCUCAAGGCCGGCGAGAUCGAGAUGGAGCUGCAGCGGGGCAUCAAAAAACCAUUCACUGAGGUUAUCAGAGCCAACAUUGGGGAUGCCCAUGCUAUGGGCCAGCAGCCAAUCACCUUCCUCCGUCAGGUGAUGGCACUCUGCACCUACCCAAACCUGUUGAGUAGCCCCAGCUUUCCAGAAGAUGCUAAGAAACGAGCCCGGCGGAUCCUACAGGCUUGUGGUGGAAACAGCUUAGGAUCUUACAGUGCUAGUCAGGGUGUUAACUGCAUCCGUGAAGAUGUGGCAGCCUUCAUCACCAGGAGAGAUGGUGUGCCUGCUGACCCAGACAACAUUUACCUGACCACAGGAGCUAGCGAUGGCAUUUCUACAAUUCUGAAGCUCCUUGUCUCAGGAGGUGGCAAGUCACGGACAGGCGUGCUGAUCCCUAUCCCACAGUACCCGCUGUACUCUGCUGUCAUCUCUGAGCUUGAUGCUGUCCAGGUGAACUACUACCUGGAUGAGGAAAACUGCUGGGCCUUGAAUGUGAAUGAGCUCCGGCGGGCAGUGCGGGAAGCCAAAGACUACUGUGACCCCAAAGUUCUCUGCAUCAUCAACCCUGGAAACCCCACAGGCCAGGUACAAAGCAGAAAGUGCAUAGAAGAUGUGAUCCACUUGGCCUGGGAAGAGAAGCUCUUUCUCCUGGCUGAUGAGGUAUACCAGGAUAAUGUGUACUCUCUGGAUUGUAAAUUCCACUCUUUUAAGAAAGUGCUUUACAAGAUGGGCCAUGAGUACUCCGGCAAUGUGGAGCUUGCAUCCUUCUACUCCACCUCCAAGGGCUACAUGGGCGAGUGUGGCUACAGAGGGGGCUACAUGGAGGUGAUCAACUUGCACCCUGAUAUCAAGGGCCAGCUGGUGAAGCUGCUGUCAGUUCGUCUCUGCCCACCAGUGUCUGGGCAGGCUGCUAUGGACAUUGUGGUGAACCCCCCCGUGCCAGGAGAGGAGUCCUUUGAGCAGUUCAGCAGGGAAAAAGAGCUCGUCCUGGGUAAUCUGGCCAAAAAAGCGAAGCUAACAGAAGAUUUGUUUAACCAAGUCCCAGGGAUUCAUUGCAACCCCUUGCAGGGAGCUAUGUAUGCCUUUCCUCGGAUUCUCAUUCCUGCCAAGGCUGUGGAGGCAGCUCAGUCCCAUAAAAUGGCCCCAGACAUGUUCUACUGCAUGAAACUCCUGGAAGAAACUGGCAUCUGUGUUGUGCCUGGUAGCGGCUUUGGGCAGAGAGAAGGCACCUACCACUUCAGAAUGACAAUCCUCCCUCCUGUGGAGAAGCUGAAGAUAGUGCUCCAGAAGGUGAAAGACUUUCACAUAAAGUUCCUGGAGAAGUAUGCCUGAGGCUGGGGCAGGUCCCAGCAGGGACCCCUCCUUGGAUCUCCUUCCCAGUGCCACCCAGGCCUCCCUCACUGACUGCCUCAGACCUCAUGGGAGGUCACUGGCCAUGUUCACCGUCAUUUUGCCCAGGAGACUUCUUUCUUUGUGCCUUGAUGUUGAGAGUUCUCUUCCAAGCAAACCUGAAUUCACAGUGUCUGGCAGGCCCUGUUUGGUUAUGCAACCAAAGUAGAAUCAUCUAUGACUGUUGCUUUCAGAAAGUUCCUUUGGGUUUUUAAACAGGCAGGAUACAUGGAGUGAGAUAUUUCAGAUCUGGAGAAACAAGUCGGUGUUGGGAAAUAUAUGACUUAAUCAUGGUAAGGACUGAGAAUCCAGAAAUUAACAGUGAGAUCUGUGAAAUAAAACCCUUAGCAGUGUGAAAAUAUUGAUUGAACAGUAGAGCCUGGAAAUCCAGCAAGGACUCAAUUUGUCACUCUGGCCUGGAGACUGGCAGCCAUUAGCUCAGGGGUACACCAGAUAACAGGGUGUAGGGUGUAGUGAACACAACGGGGGUGGGGUGGCCAGAGGUCCUGAGGGGAGGAGGGUGUAAACCAGGUUCCACAUUGAACUGUCUUCUGAUCAGCACAGCAGGUAAUAUCACAGCACGUUGAGCUUUGCCCAUGCUUGCUAAGACCCUGGUAUAAAAGGUCUCCUGAGACUUCAGGGACACAGGGUAAAGCAAUAUUGUGAUUGUGAUUAUGUGGUAGGAUUCUUUCUGCCCCAUAGCCUGUGGAUGCACCCUACUGGUUACCUAGGGACAGUUUUCUCCUAUGUCUGACUGAGCCUUUAUACACAUUGCCCCCUGCUGGUAGCAGCAGGGAUGAACAAAGGCCGAAAAAUACCCUAAAUUAAGAAGUGAUCCUUUUUAGACUUAACAGUAAAAUCCUGCAGAUUUUUUAAUUGUUUCAAACUGAAUUUGGUCCAUUUUGUAACUUUAAUUGAUCAAAUUGCCUGGCACACUGCUGUGGAGGAGUGAAUGCAGUCGGAUUCAAAGAGUGUUUUGCCUUUGCAUUAGUUCCUGGCUCCCUUCCCAGAGCAGCCACAGCAUCAGCUAUCCCCCAGACCAGAGUAGCAUCCACCAAACAUGCAUACUCCUUGACAUCAGCGCAUCUGAGUAGGUCCAAGCACACAGCAAGGAAGCAGGUGCUAUGGGAGCAGCAGGCUAAGCUUCCUGCCCACACACACCUUUACCAUCUGUCUUCAGUGGGAACUGAGGGAAGCCAGCUCAAGAGCCUGGGGCCCUGCAAGUCCCACAGUGGAGCUGAAGGACCUGUAGAGAAAUGUGAAAAGCUAUAGAAUAAGUUUGAAACCAGCCUUCUGUGCUAUGAUUCCACACUGGGUCUCCACAGGAGUAUGUGAUUAAAAAAACAAGACAGAACAACUUCAGGUUGUUAUUACUAGCAUUACAUCCCUGUGAAGGAAGUAACCACAUUCUCAAGUAACAGAAGUGAAUGUUCUGGAACUUUUCCUUAAAAAGUUGAAAAGGUUGCAUGUGUGCUUGCUCUAUGGCAUAUAAACCAGAGUCCCGAGACUCCUGAUAAGAAGAUUAAGUAGAAGCUAGUAUAUUUUUUAUAUUUUUUAACAAUGAUUUUUUUCAUGGGGAGAUGAAAGGGUUAGUAUUUAUAGUCUUAACAAAUCUAGUAAUUUUUAUAAGUCUCUUCAGAUAUAAUCUCCCAAAUUUUGCAAUGUUUACAUGUUUUUAAAAGAUGACAUACAUACUUGGUUUGCUUUUUAAAUAAAAGGUAAGCUAUUCUAAGAGAUUAACUUCAGGUAGGAAUGCUGAUUAUAAUAGGCUGGAUUUUCUACUACAGAUUCUGUUCCCAUGCAUUUUCUGUUCCAGCACCAGCCAAGAAUAUUAUUUGUCAUUUAGGGUCACCUGAGAUGUCAUUUGGGGCAACACCUGUGCAGUUUCCGUUGCUCACCCAGAGCUGGGUAUGUGUGGUGCUGUGAAGGCUGGUGCCAGGCAGGCUUCACCUCGGGCAGUCACACACACCUAGAGAAAUUAUUCCCAUUUGAAUGUAGGAACAAGCACAACCUACCUGUUCUUGACUCUUUUCCAAUCUCAAUUCUCAUAGGCCUCUCCUGACAAAGGUCCUUGAUAAUAGCUGUGCUGGAAAUUUCAAAACAAUAAAAUAUAUGUCCAAAAUGGUAACUUUAACUUUUGUCAAUUAAAUCUAAAAGUUGAGUGACAUCA